AACCAUCACCAUGUCUCAAGAAUUCGUUGGACGCUGGAAGCUCAUUCACUCAGAGAACUUCGAGGAGUACAUGAAGGAGGUUGGAGUUGGAUUGAUCACUCGUAAGGCUGCUGCCAACUUGAAGCCAACUUUGGAAAUCAAGGUCGAAGGAGAUUUGUGGUAUUCCAACCAAUACUCCACAUUCAAGAACACCACUCUUUCUUUCAAGUUGGGACAGGAAUUCGAUGAGACCACUCCAGAUGGCCGUACCGUCAAGUCAGUUGUCAACUUCGAGAACGGAAAAUUCAUUCACAUUCAAAAGAAGAUCAAGGACUCUGAUAAGGAAUCAAUUAUCACCCGUUGGCUCGAAGGAGACAAGCUUAUCACUACUCUUGAAUCUGGAUCCGUUGUUUCUCGCCGCGAGUACGUUCGCGAAUAGAUUCUCAAUUCCCAACAUGAGCUUUGUUCUUGUCUUCCUGUGAUAUUUAAUAGUAAAUAUUGAAAUUUAAAGUAUUACAAUUAUUUCUUUAUGGCAAUAAAUGAGAAAU